AUGCGCGCGGCACAAAGCUUGCGCAAGACUGCAGGGAAUCGUAGUCCCGCGCGCAGCAGCCCCGGGCCCCGCGCGCCGCGCAGAACUACGUUUCCCAGGAACGCCGCAGCGCGAGGAGGGUUGCAGACUGCUCCUGUUCCCAUCGCGCACCCAGCUCUGCCCCAUUCUUCCCGGGUGCAUGCAGUCGAUGAGAAAAAUGAAGUAGAGAGAAGUGAACUGACAAGUAUGGGAUUGUUGCAAUUCAACAGAGCCAGUGUCAGCGCUGAGGCCUAUAAAAAGGCAGCCACAGGCUACAUUUUACCAGAGGCCUUGCAUUCAGACUUCAACUACAUCACCCCCACUCAUGUCGACAUCUCCUGCACCCUGUCUGCCAUUCUGGAAAUGUGUGACAAUCCUUUCCUCUACUGGAACCCAGAAGUGCGUAGUGACCUCAAAAAACUCACUAUCUCAGCUAAAAACCUGACAUCUUCAUCAUGGAAGCAUGUGUCUGGGCUAGCAGACACCAGUAUGAAGCCCCAUCUGCAGAAAACAGCCCCCUGCAGUGCACAGGACCACCAAGACACGAAUGUGGAUCAACUACUUGCCUAUGUCAGCAGUGAAGGUCAAGUCAAAUACAGUUACGAAAAUAGGGUAACCAGCAUCUGUAACCUGGACAUAUUCUACUUCCCUUCUGACAAAAGAAACUGUACCUUUACCCUCAGUUCUUUGCUCUACACAGUGGAUAGCAUGCAAUUCGACACGAAUAAGGACAAGAUAACAGAUUUCUCUGGAAGCAUCAUUCAGACUCAAGGAGAGAGGGAGCUCCUGAGGCCAUUGCAAAGAUGCCAUGGUGAAGCACCUACUCCCCCUCACCUAACUGCCCUGAAGCAGUAUCCUCAAGCCCUCAAGAGCGCCCCACCCUCCCCAUCCCCACAGAGGGAGAAGCAGCUGGCUGGUGUGGCCAUCAGGCACAGGCUCAACCCCUUUGUCAUAUAUCUCCUGGUGUCCAAUGGCUUUCUGGUGACCAUCCAUGUCCUCAAUCUCUACCUGUUAGCAGAACAGGAAAAUCUCGACUUGGCCCCAUUCAAGAUGAACCACCUGCUGGGCUACAGUGUCUUCCUGGUCAUGAUGAAUGACUUAUUCCCCAUCAGCGGCAACCCCAUGAGUGUCUACUUUGCCCUGUGUCUGUCCCUGAUGGUGGCCAGCCUGCUGGAGACCAUCUUCAUCACCUACCCGCUGUCCCCACCCAUGCCUCGGGGACUCCACAUCCUGCUGCUGCACUGCACCAGUUCAAGGAAAUGCUGCCUCCCUGCACUGCAAGGGAAUCAGGACCCAGGGUGCACCCCCACCCACCUGCCUGAUCUGAAGGAGCCAGAAGGCUUGGAACUUGAGGCCUGGAAGCAGCACUUGGUGGAGCUAUGGGUGCAGUUCAGCCAUGGGGUAGACACCCUGCUCUUCCGCCUCUUCUUGCUCUUCAUAGUUUCCUCCAACAUCGCAGUCCUCUGGAGUUUAGCACAUGGUGCUGUGUCUCACAUCUCGGAUGCUUGA